AUGAUCCCGAAGAUUGUGGCUGAGUUUGUUCAAGAGCUGACUGAUGAACAGAAAAGGGCUGUGGAGGAGAUCGGAUUUGGAGGGAUAUUACACCUCCAACUAACAAAGAGUGAAGGCCCUCUAAUAAAGUACUUGAUUAGGCAGUUUGAUGUUUAUUGCUCUGCAAUCCGACUUGAAGGGGGUGAAUUGCUGCUUAUAGAAGAGGAUGAUGUUCAAAGAACAUUGGGGAUCCCACAAGGGAGCAACGUGGUUGAGGAGGGCACAAGAUUUGAGCAUAUGGCAGAAGAUGGUGAUAGUGCAGCGUAUGCCAACCUUGUGGCCUCAUGGAGGGAGCGAUGGGGAAUUGAUGGUAAAUCCCCAAUCACAACAUCAAUGCCGGGGCAGAUUCUGAAAAGAGGAGACCAUGGAGAUAUGUUUAAACGCGACUUUGUCCUAUUUAUAGUAUCGGCAAUGCUGUGUGGCCACCAAGAUAGGUGUUGCAACUUUAGGAUUUUAAAAUCCUUGAUAAACCUUGACCAGAUCAAGACCUACAAUUGGUGUGCCUAUACACACAAGUCUAUGGUCGACUCCAUUCAAUCUUUUCAGAAAAAUGACAAGCAAUUCUUCACUGGACCCGUUGCAUUCAUCCUACUUGUGUACUUUGACCGGGUACAGUUCAAGGGGAUGAGAGUGAAUAGAACAUACCCAACCAUUGUUGGGUGGAGUGCUGAACUUGCUAGAAAAAGGGUUAAAGAAGAAAACAAAGCAGGGUCAUUUGGAAGGGGGACAGUGCUCCAUAGAAUAACAAAACCUACUGAUAUUGCUGCUGCCACCUCCAGGCAGAAUGAUCAACCUCCUGUUGCUGCAUUGAAUAUCCCAUCAUCAAGCGUAGAUAAGGUGGCAGGGAUCCUACAAAAGUUGGCUUCGACAGUAAGAGAGUUUGGUGAGGCUAUGGCUGAAAUUGGAAAGCAAGGAGCACCCGUAAAUGUGAUGAGGAAGACAUUUUCGGGCUUAUCUAACAUGCUAAAUGUUGCCAGCACCAUAGAAGCCACUGCAACCCCAACAUCCUCCCAGCUGGACGACAUCUUCUUUGGUAGUGAAAGCUUCACUACGGCUGUGGAUGCCCUUGUCGAAACCUUUGAAAAGACAAGGAAACAAAUAGACCCUAAUGCCCCUCCUUUUGACUUGGGGCUAUCUCAAGCAACACAGCCAUCGGACCAAAUAAAUGCUCCGACCUUUGAUUUGGGACUGAGUCCAUCACCAGCAGCAGCACAGCAACAGGAGGGGGAUUUAGGGCUGACUCCACCACCACAACCAGAGAAAGAGCAAGAGACAGAGGAUGCUGCGGGGGAACCGGGGAUUGAUGCCCUGGUGGAUAGAAUUGCAGGGGAAGCCACAAAAGAUGCAACAUUUUCAACCCCCGGUGUGACUAGAGUUCCUUUUCAAAGGGCUGAUUCCCCUGCUGAUGAAUUUGAUAGGUAA